GAGAGCACGGAGCAGCUGCAGCGGCGAGAAGGAGCGCGGCGCUUUCCAGACCGCAUAUUCAGUCUUUAGAGAGAGCAAAAAUUUACACACCCGUCAAGUACCGUCUUCUCACCGAGACAUUCAUUUAAAGCCAAAAAAAUGGUGGACCGCGAGCAGCUGGUUCAGAAAGCCAGGUUGGCUGAGCAGGCUGAGAGAUAUGACGAUAUGGCAGCUGCCAUGAAAUCGGUGACAGAGCUGAAUGAGGCACUGUCCAAUGAAGAGCGCAAUCUGCUCUCUGUGGCCUACAAGAACGUAGUUGGUGCACGGCGCUCAUCAUGGCGUGUCGUCUCCAGCAUCGAGCAGAAAACCUCAGCCGAUGGCAAUGAAAAGAAGAUUGAGAUGGUGCGUGCCUAUCGUGAGAAGAUUGAGAAGGAGCUUGAGGCCGUUUGCCAAGAUGUGCUCAACCUGCUUGACAACUUCCUGAUCAAGAACUGCAGCGAGGCCCAGCACGAGAGUAAGGUCUUUUACCUGAAGAUGAAGGGCGACUAUUACCGCUACCUGGCUGAAGUAGCUACUGGAGAGAAACGUGCCGCCGUGGUUGAGUCGUCUGAGAAGGCAUACAGUGAGGCACAUGAGAUCAGCAAGGAGCACAUGCAGCCCACGCACCCCAUCCGUCUCGGGCUGGCGCUUAACUACUCCGUGUUCUACUACGAGAUCCAGAACGCGCCCGAGCAGGCAUGCCAUCUGGCCAAGACGGCUUUCGACGACGCCAUCGCUGAGCUGGACACACUCAACGAGGACUCCUACAAAGACUCAACCCUCAUCAUGCAGCUGCUGCGAGACAACUUGACACUCUGGACAAGCGACCAGCAGGACGACGAAGGCGGCGAGGGCAACAAUUAAAAACGGAGAGAGAGGGAGAGAGAGAUGGAGAGGCAGAAGAGGAGAAGACCCUCAAGAAUUACCCGUUUCCUAGCCGUAACACACAAGAAAACACGCGUGCUCACAAAAAUAAAAGAAAAAUUUAAAGAAAAAUAAAAGCGUAAGUAAAAACGUUUUGCGAAAAGGGGGGCCUGGUGGAAUGCUAGCAGCCAUGUUCGCUGAUGGUACAAACGCAACUGCAGGUUUGAAAAAUAAAUGGAUAAAUAUAACAUAGAAAAAAAAAUCUGAAUAGAAAUGUUAAGUUCAACAACAGGUAUGCCUUCAGUUAAAAAGCUGGUUUAGAUUAAAAUGAUCACAAUAAAGGUAAAAACUCCCUUUUCUUCGUUCACGUCUGAAACAUUUGGCAUAACAACACUUUAUUAAAGAAAAGAUUGUCAGUAAGUCAGUAAGUACAAGAUGACUAGGGUUGAAAUCCACCCCAAACACUGGCAUAGGGACUGUUUCCUUCAAGUGAAACAUGAUGUCAAGCUGCUUAUUUAUAUGUGUGGAGGAAGGGUUUAGGAACUGUCAGGUGAAGACGUGUUAAAGCUUGAGCAAGAAAAAAUAAUAAUAAAAAAAAAAGAUAAAAAAUAAUAGAGUUAAAAAAAACUUGAAUGUCAUAGCCUUGCAAAAGUAAGAGUUUGCAAACAGGCUCCAGAGAGUGUGAAAGGAUGUUUUUUGUGUCUCUGUUAAACAUAUUUGUGGAUACUGAUGUGCGCUUAACAGUCAGUUAGCCAUUUCUUUACAGCCGACAUGGCGAUUCAAAACGUUCCACAAUAAAAAACGUCACUGUGGUCACAGGCUGCAGGUCUCUGAUCAAGGAACAGUAGUUUAGGUAUUUAGUAAUCAAUUCCAGUUUCCACCCAUUAAAAACAAUGCUAUUCCCAUUGAUAGCUAAAACAAAUUGUUGUCCUUGCAGUGGAAAACUAUUAUCAUUAUUAUUAUUGUUGAUAUUGUUUGGACAUUUAGGGUGUCAAGGGUGACCCGCACUAUAAAAACAUAGAUCUUAUUUAAUAUUGCUACAAUUUAGUACCAUAAACCACAACAUACUCUAUAUAUACAUAACUUAAGUGAUAUUACCCUAAAACGCAAUCUGUCUUAGCAAAGUAAUAUAAAACAAGUAAAAAAAAAAAUCCCUGCGCUUUAAUCCUGAAAAAUGUAAUUCUCCAAAGUAAUUCUUAAUCACUUGGAUCCCUGUCGUAAUACACUGAAUGGAGUCAACUGGAACCAUUGGCUGUUUUUCAUUUGUCCAUGGACUGAAAGAACAAUUAGAGACAGAGCACUGGCAAUGUCAAAACGGGAGAUGAUCUUAAAGCAGCUUUGAGGUUUGUGGUAUUUUUUUUUCUUUUCUUUUCUUAUCUUUUUUUGUUUUGGUUUCCUUUUUUUAUUAAAAAAAAUGCACUUGCCUAUUAUACUGUUUCUCAGUGUAAGAUGAUUACUGCUACAAUAUUCUCAAUAAUACAAUAUUGUGCAUGCUGGUGAUGUAUUUAUAUACCGUAGCUUGACUUCAUUAACUUAAAAAGGAAAAAAAAAAACUGUAGAUGUUAUGUAUUCAUAGAAACAAGAAAUGACUAGAAUUCAAUCUGAUUAUUAUUUUCUAUUUAUUACUUUAUAUUGGAUUGUUUAAAUUUAUUAUGAUUUUCAUUUUCCAUUGAUAUUUGUUUUUCCUUUGCUGAAGUAUGCGCCACCAAAACGGUGAACCAUAAACUGAUGCUAUAGUGACAUGCAAUUCUUGUAUUUGGGUUUUAUUAAACAAAGAAGUGGAAAGAUAAAAAGGACAGAACCACCACUGUUAGCUUAACGCUCUCUGUCUGGUGUUCCGUCGUGGCGAAAAAAUCAAAGAUCACAUUGUAAAUCUAUUUGUUGUUCUUACAAUGGCCUUUCCUUUUGUUCUUUCUCUGUCACAUUCUACAGUGAGAUGUUAAACAUACACACACACACACAUAUACAGUACACACACAGUGUUUAUCAGUUUUUCAGAAAACUGUUUCAAAAAAUCUCUGUAAGGAACUCACUCAUGGACCAUAAUUUCCUCCUUCUGUCUUUUUUUACUUUUAGCUGUCUCUCCUGAUAUCGUAAAUGUGAGUCGUGUAGAGGAUGCACACGAGAAAAAUAACAAUAAUAAUAAUGAUGAUGAUAAUAAAACUGAAUUAAAACAUCUCAACAUCCUUCUAACCACA